GGAGAGUAACCCGCACUGAGACGCCCGGAGACAGCGCGCAACUUCAGCGGUUGUUUGAUGGACAGAGAGGAGAGGAGCUGUGAUCUGCGGAGACAGAACUGAUAUCACCCGACCAACUCUCUGAGAAGGACGCAUCUGCGCGAGUACUAUGAUGAUCAAGUCAUAUGGGAGACAAGUGGAGGGAGAGGAGGUCGUGAGCCCCCUGCAGUGGAUGGAUGGAGACAUGAGCUCACCUGAUGGAGACACGUCGGUGUCAUCACACUGCUACAGAGCAGCUGGUGUGGGCCAGCAGUCCAGAGAGAUGGGGAGUGAGGAUGCAGAGGAAGACGAGGAGGAUGGGGAGGAGGGACAGGAGGAUGAAAAUGAGUCCAAAAGACGAGGGCCUAAGAAAAAGAGGAUGACAAAGGCCCGGCAGGAGCGAUUCCGCGCCAGACGUGUAAAGGCUAAUGCCAGGGAGCGCUCCCGUAUGCAUGGACUGAAUGAUGCUCUGGAGAACCUGCGCACCAUCAUGCCCUGUCACUCCAAAACGCAGAAACUCUCCAAGAUUGAGACUUUACGGCUGGCCCGAAACUACAUCUGUGCUUUGUCUGAGGCUUUAGAGGGGGGCCUGUCCACAGAGAGCAGGUCCUUCAUGGAGACUCUGUGUAAAGGCCUCUCACAGCCUACAACCAACCUGGUUGCUGGCUGCUUACAGCUGGGGCCCGCUCCCAGUGCUGGGAUGAGGCCUGAAGACAGACACGGAGGUCGGCCACCUGCUACCUCUCUCGGUGGAAUGGUGAGCUACGCCUCACCAGGCUUGCCAAGUCCCCCAUAUGGAACUUUUGACUCAACUCACCUGCUUCACCUGAGGGCGAUGAAAGGAGGCCCCUACGAGAACCACUCGCCAAAUGAGUAUAAUGCUGGUGGCGUGGGAACUCCUCCAUAUGACGGCCCUCCUACACCACCACUGAGCAUCAGCAGCAACCUGGUGCCAAAACAGGAGCCUUCACCCCACUACCCUCCUCCACACUGCUACUCCCCAUCCCCCGUGGACCAGGUCCCAUAUCAGACUCAGAGCAGCUAUGAUGUACACUUAGAGGGGCAAUAUGACUCCUACCACCCACCGCAUAUGCCCCCCCGACAGACAACCUCCAUCUACAGAGACUAAGAAGGAUCAGGAGGGAAAUUCUGCCUCAUCAGUCAUCUCAACCUGACUGAUGGAGUCCAGACUUUGACCACUCUCUUCCAUCAGACUGACUACUAGUAGAUGAACUGUAGAAUAAGUAUUUUUUACAUGCGUGGUGCAUUUGCACAGUAGACAAGCACUGUUCAACUAUGUUAAUAUUAGUAAACACUUAAACUUAUUAAUUUUCUUAAAAAGCUACCAAAUGAUACAUGGACCUCACACGUUCCUGGGGAAAUGUUACUUUGGUCAUUUGGCUGACUGUCAGAUAUGCACUUCUAAUCUAGCUUUGGUAACCAGCAGAUAUUCUACAUAAAGUAUUUUUAUUUAUUCCUUAAUUUAAUACAGUAUAUUUUGAGUUUGUUCUGUCAUGUCUGGUUUUGUAUAUAUUUGUAGUUCAGGCUUUUCUCUGUUUGCUACGUAGACAGAUAGCUCGUCUCCUUGACCAUCUUCUGUGUUCAGUUUCCUUCGUUGCAUUUCGUUUGUUUUUUUUAUGUCACACACUUUCAACACACUGUUAGCAGACCUGUUAGCAGAUAUGUAGCUGAUGUUUUGUUGAGGAAGUUUGAAGAAGAAAGGAACAUGUCCUGAUAUUUAGACCAAGAAACAAUCAAGUGGAAGGGGCCAAUUGUGGAGUUAAGAUGAAGGAUGAAGGAUUUUUAAGUAAAGAAGCAAAAAAUAAAUUCUCAGGUUGACAUUGUGAACACUUUGCAUUGAAUAUGUUGUUGUUUGAUCUUGUUGUUUCUUUGGAAAUCAAUGUUAUUAAACUAUAAAAAAAAAAAAAAAAAAAAAAAAAA